GAAGUGCUGAGUCAGCUGAUCGAGAGAAGAACCUGCGGCGACGACGGGCAAAGAUGGCCUACCCUAGCUCCCAUAACCCAUUUGCAGAUGAUGAUGACGAGGAAGCUUUCAAGCCUAAGAGUAGAGGUUUCCACGACAAUGACCAUGACGAUGAUGACAGCGGGUUGACUGAACCAGAGAGGAGACAGCGGUAUCUCCAGCAGCAAGUGAUGCGCACAGCUCAGUCUGCGGUGGACAGCAGUUACCGUUCUCUCAGCCUUGUUUACGAAUCAGAGAAGAUGGGUGUGGAGACUGCAGAGGAACUGGUGCGACAGGGUGAGGCUAUUAGGAGGACAGACAAGAUGCUGGACAACAUGGAUCAGGACUUGAAUACCAGCCAGAAGCAUAUUAACAGCAUCAAGAGUGUCUGGGGGGGACUCGUCAAUUACUUCAAGAGCAAACCAGAGACAAAACCACCACCUGAAGAGCCAAACACUUACCUGGCCAGUGAUACACUACAGAGUGCCUUAUCAAGUAGCAGACAAUAUGAAGAUAAGUACCAGGCCAGCCACCCCAACCUAAGAAAGUUGGAGACAGGAGGUUUUGGAGCUGCUGCGUCAAAUGAUGGCGCCUCAUCCAGACAGAACGGACACCCUCAGAACAGGCACCUCAAGGACGCUCACCAGACCCUUGACAGAAAUUUAGAUGACAUGUCUGAUGGCUUAAGCAGACUGAAGAACCUUGGGCUUGGUCUACAGUCUGAAAUUGAGAACCAGGACGAGUCCAUUGAUUCUCUAUUUAACAAAGUGGACAAGAUGGACGUGAGGAUCCACAAAACAAACCAACAGAUAAAAAAACUUUAAAUAAGACACACACCUGGAAUCAUCCUACUUUGGACAACAGUUGGCUGCAUUUUAUGCCCACACGACCCCUCGUCCUGGCCUUUGUUGAAUAAAACAUGCCUUGUUUUUGUUUUUCUUUUGUUUCUAUUUUUUUUUUAAGUCAUUCUUUCACCUGGAAGGAAAAUUAAUGUAUUGGACCUUGUCUUUCCAUGUGUGGUCUGUCUUUUUCCUUUUUAAUUUUUUUUUGUUUAUUCUAAAUCACAAAAAAAAUGAUGUAAAUGACAGCCAGCUUGUUCGACGUGUGAGAACAUGGAUGAAUUGUUUGACAAGUGGACAAAAGAAAAACACAUAUUUUCUCCCCUGUUCUAUGUGAAGCUGACAGUGAUUUCUGAACCUGCCGCUACAAAUGUUUAAAACCUCCAGGGAGCAGCACAUUGAGCGUCACAUUUGCCUUAGAUGUAAUAUGUAUUUACAGCUGAAAAUCUCUGGAAUUGUGUCAUGAUUUUGUGGACCAUCUCCCACGAGAUCCUUCACUCUGAGUUAUUCUCAUCAUUUUCUGUCUGAAUUAUAGUUUCCAUGUUUUCUGUAGCUGUGCACAAAUUGUUACAUUUGUGAGGUAUUUUAUGAAUUUCUGCAAGAUGAAUCUGAAGGAAUUAUAAUCAUAGCAGGAAUAAUUUUAACCAGCUGAUUUUGUACAUAAAAUGCAGAAAUAAGUGAAUAUUCCUCUGACAAAAUUGUAAUGUGAAAUUUAUUUGCAGGGUUACAUUUAUUACUUUUUUUGUGUAAGAAUUAAAUCCCAAAUCUGUACUAAGUACCCACACAUAAGGACAUGUUCAUCAUUUAUUUAUGUCUGGCAAAACUCCACCAACUUCCAAUAAGCACAGAUAUGAAAAAAAGUCAUAAAGAUGUUGUGAUUCCUGCAGCUUUUAUCAUUUAGAACAUGUUUAAUAUUUAGCCGUUGCAGUUCAGGUUGUAAAUGGGCCAAGAAAGAAGCAGAAGAGAAUAGAAAAGCAACCAAUUAGACAUUUCC